GAGGAGCCACUUCACUCCGUGGGUCUGCGCACCGCGCGUUGCGUUCUGGGGAGAAAGAGAGGGAGAAAGAAGCACCGGCGGCUCCACAAGCGCGGCACAAUUCCAAGUGGAAGUGAGAGUGAAGCAGCAGCAGCAGCAGCAGCAUGGAGCUGGUCAGACUUGCCGUGUCCCUCCUCCACAUCCUCAUGUGUCCUGCGUGGGCCUUAUCUCAUCACCCUCUCAUGGACAGCAUCCUCUCAGCCAGGUCAGCCCUCAGGUUUCUGGAUGAGCCGAGGGGCUUCGACCCCUGUUGUCUCAUGUCACCGCCUCCGCCGCCGCUCUUCCCUCCACCGCCUCAGCUGUGGAAGCAAGGAAGCCCCAACGGCGUCGGUGUGUUGGAGCCAAGUGUAGUUGGGAAAGAGGAAGAGCCAAAAGAAAAACCUGUCACGCCUGGGUGUUUGCCUGGACCUCCAGGACCUCCAGGACCCCAGGGCCCAGACGGUCAAAGUGGACUACCUGGCAUCAGAGGACCGAAGGGUGAAAAGGGAGAAAUUGGACGCCCAGGGUUGAAGGGCCGUACUGGAGCUCCAGGUCUUCCAGGGAAACAAGGACUUCCAGGAUGGCCUGGUCCAGAGGGACCCACGGGUGAGAAAGGGGAUCCAGGACUCAUGGGCUUACCAGGACUGAGGGGACCACCAGGGACAAAGGGUUUACCUGGUUAUAAAGGAGAUAAGGGCAUUCAAGGUGACCCAGGGUCAGCAGGAUCAAAGGGCGAUAAGGGUACCAUUGGUUUGCCCGGGAUGCUUGGACAGAAGGGUGAACAAGGGCCAAAGGGAGAGCCAGGAGUCUCAGGGAAAAGGGGACCAACUGGGCGACCUGGCAAGAGAGGCAAACAGGGUAUGAAGGGCCACAGUGGAGCCCCUGGAAUCACUGGCCCUACAGGUCCCUCCGGUCCAAAUGGCCUCCCUGGGCCACCGGGUCCCCCUGGCUCAGGUCUUUAUCUCGUAGGGGAAAAGGGAGAGAAGGGUGUCCCAGGUCAGCCGGGUCACUGUGACUGCGACACCACGGUUGGAGCAAAUAACGCUCCCUAUGGAAGUUACACACAACGGAGCGGCCCGAAUAAAGUCCCCGCAAUAUUUGUGGUCAACAAUAAGGAGGAGAUGGGCCGUCUAAAUCUGGCCAAUGCAAUCGCAUUCAGGAAGGAUCAGAAGAUGCUGUACUUUAAAGAUACAGAUGGAUGGAAGCCCAUACAGCCCUUCCAGCCAUUCCAGUCUACGGAGAAAGUCCCAGACAGAGUCGGUGUGUGUGGGGACAGAAAAGUGCAGGCGCAGCAUGGAGAGGAGUGUGAUGACGGAAACCAGAUUGUCACCGACGCUUGCCUCAACUGCAGGUGGGCCUACUGCGGAGACGGCUACCGACAUGAAGGCAUGGAGGAAUGCGAUGGAAAGGACUUUGGUUAUCAGACGUGCAAAUCCUAUCUGCCUGGAUCCUUCGGGCAGCUCAGAUGCACCGACUCUUGCUUCAUUGACUCCACUGGUUGCAAGUACUUCACCUGAACUUAAAAAAAAGUUGCUACAUUGCAACUUUGCAGUUCCUUAGUCCGAUCCCGGGGGGAUUUCACUUCAGAGUUCAAUUGGAGGCAAACCCUUAAAAACUUAACUGACGGACUGAGAGAAAGCGAGAGACACUCUGGUGCCUGUCCUGAGCCACGGAUUGUCAUGGGAGUCAUCUUUGAAUCGACUGUCCCUCUUGGAGGUUUAACUCUUUCAGAGCAGCUCCUUGCUAAUGUCACACCACUGGCUACAGCACUGUUACUGGUUGUAAAAAUGAUUGAAAGUUACUAAAUAGUUAAAUGUGUAUGACUUGAUGACUGUUAAUGAAAAAAUAAGCUGCGUUCUCAACUUCUUUUGUAGUCACCGAGAAAAAAAAAGCUUAUACUGAAGAGGCAGCAAUAUUAUUGACACUAUAUGUACUGCAGUAUGCAAAUCAGGGGGAUGUAUAUGUGUUAAUUUCUUUACAGUGUAUUAGACAACAUGUUUAUGGAGUGCAGUGCUGUGAUAUUGCAUGUGAAUGUGUUUCGGUGCACAGCAGACUGCUUUAACCAGAGCCGUAAAUGAAUCCGUCCCAAGUGUGGCCCCCUAGAGAUUUAAUAUGUCCAAAUAAUGGGACACUGAGGAAAAUGAAUGUCAUACAGAGGUGUGUUGUUUUUUUAACAGCAAGCAUGAAAAUAUUUAUAUCUCUCUUACAAAUGAAUGAAUUCACUAUAAUGUCACUAACUGAUGAUCUGCCUGCAUCAAUGUAAAUUUCAUAAGUCACUGUCCACUAAUAAAGACCUGUCUCACUGUUUAAA